GUCAAGUGUACGAGCAAGAUCCUACUGUGCAGCAGCGUCUGGUCUGGCAUAUUCCUCUAGGUACCUUACGCGGCCGACUCGCUCCAUGAAGUUCGAAGCGAUCGAUUCUGUCCGAAACGCUUCUCGAAAAUGAUCCCUGGGAUCAAUGUCCCUUUUGAAUACCUGGGCAAGGCCAUUGGAGCCUCUGUCGACGAGCUCAAAUUGUUGAGCUGUUUCCUGAUCUCGUACCCUCUUGCAGCGGCUUUGAAACGACUUCCCGACAACCAACCACACUCGAGAAACCUUUUUAGCAUCGCAGUCACGCUAUUCUACCUUGUCGGGCUUUUCGAUCUAUGGAGCGGUACAACGACCCUCCUGAUUGCCUCUGGGGGCACAUACGCAAUAGCAUACUACAUCGACGGGUCUCUGAUGCCAUGGAUCGUAUUUGUCUUCCUCAUGGGACACCUGUCAAUAAGCCACAUCCAGCGACAAAUCCUCGAUGAUCCCAGCGUGGUGGAGAUUACAGGUGGACAAAUGGUUUUGAUCAUGAAGCUGCACGCAUUUUCCUGGAAUGUACAUGACGGCAGGCUGAAACCCGAGCUCCUGACGGACAGCCAGAAAGAUCGCGCAAUAUACAAGCUGCCCGACCUCCUCGACUAUGCAGGCUAUGUGUUCUUCUUCCCUUCCAUAUUCACCGGCCCAGCCUUCGACUACGUGGACUAUCGUCGUUGGAUCGAAACAUCCAUGUUCGACGUGGCGCCCGGCCAGAAAGGGCCACCGGUUCGCAAGCAGCGUCGCAUCCCCCGCUCCGGCAGGCCUGCAACGUACAAGGCCGUAGUCGGUCUGAUCUGGAUACUACUCUUCCUCAACUUCUCUGGCUGGUACAACGUCGACCUACUCCUCUCCGACAAAUAUAUGGAAUACUCGUUCCCGCGCCGCGUAUGGCUAAUGUACAUGCUCGGAUUCACCUCGCGAUUGAAAUACUACGGCGUCUGGUCCCUGACCGAAGGAGCCUGCAUCAUGGCCGGGAUAGGCUACAACGGAAUGGACCCCAGCACAGGCAAGCCACUCUGGAACCGCCUCGAGAACGUCAACGCAUGGGGCAUCGAAACCGCGCAAAACUCGCGCGCAUACCUGGACAACUGGAACAAGAACACGAACAAAUGGCUACGCAACUACGUCUACCUGCGCGUCACGCCCAAGGGCAAGAAGCCAGGCUUCCGCGCCACGCUGGCCACGUUCGUCACAUCAGCCUUCUGGCACGGCUUCUACCCGGGCUACUACCUGACUUUCGUGCUCGGCGCAUUCGUCCAGACGGUCGCCAAGAACUCGAGACGAUAUAUUCGGCCCUUUUUCCUGACUCCCGACGGGACAAAGUCCACAAAGUACAAAAUCUACUACGACAUAGCAGGCUAUCUCGCCACGCAGUUCACCUUCAGUUUCGUCACUGCGCCGUUUGUCAUUCUCGGCUUCAACGACUCCCUGAAAGCUUGGGCGCGCGUAUACUUUUACGCCGUCAUCGAAGUCGCGGUGGCCAUGGCGUUCUUCGCGUCACCCGCGAAGAAAUGGCUGGUCCAGAAACUCGACAAGCGCAACCACCCGUACCUGCGCAAGACAUUGUCACAAGAGACAAAUUACCCGCCGUCGUUGGGUCUGCCGAGUGAUCCGGGCCGCGAGAUUGACGAGGCCAUCGACGAGAUCCGACAAGAAGUCGAAAUCAGGCGCAGGAGAGGUAGCAAAGUCACCAUGCCGACCGGGGAAUCGCUGAGAAGAGAGCUCGAAGCCAGGACGGGUCAGAAGAUCCAAUUUCCCGAGUUCAAGUUUGGCCAGGCCGCUGCGGCGAGCGGUUCAAGUGUUUCCCCCAGUGCUGAGCAAGCCGUUGAGAAAGAGAAGGCCAAGAAGGUCGAUGGCGGAGCUGGGCUGGCUCCGACAAAUAAUGCCGGGUGGUAAGAAGACGCUCUGAGUCCCGCAAACAUGCCUGAACCAUAUGGAGUUCAAUAUGGGAGAAAUACCCCCAAGCAGCCCCGUCUAUGUGAUGAACAUGAACAAUCACAAUCACAAUCCCGAUUCGGGCAGAGUACUGACGGAGAGUGACAAACAAAGAGCAUCUAGGUACCUAUAGUAAUGCUUCAAGCUACUGUCCUGGUGUAU